AUGAACUCUACAGAGGAAUAUGAUCGAUUAUUUUUGGCAUUUGGUACAUCUUUUGGGUCAACGCGUGAAAAAGAGAGCUCGAUAAUGUUUGAAAAAAUUGGAAAUUUGGAACCGAUAUCCUUGGUGGGUGGAGAUGGUAAAACGUAUCAUUUUCUAAAAUCAUCAGACAGCAUAAGCGACGUCCUAACCGAUCAACCUUCUGGUCCUUAG